AUCCACAUUGCCCAUGCUGGUGUCCUGGUCCUUGGUGACGUUCAGCUCCUCUGUGUGGGGACUGUACGUGGGCCGAGUAUUGGCUGGACUCGGGGUAGGGCUGAUUAGUGUAGCUGCUCCUAUGUACAUUUCUGAUGUAGCCGAAGACUCUGUUAGAGGUACAUUGGGCACCUUUUUCCAGCUGCAAAUGACCGUCGGUGUCCUCUUUGUUUACCUUGUCGGUCUACUGAAGGAUGCGCUGUCGAUAUCACUGGUAUGCUCAAGUCUGCCGCUGGUGUUCAUCUGCACGUUUGUCUGGAUGCCCGAGACGCCCAGCUUUCUAUUAUCCAAGGGGAAGGACAAAGCUGCGGCAGAGGCUCUCCAGUGGCUCAGAGGCUAUCACUACAACAUACAGCCAGAGCUGAGCGUGCUGCGAGAGGUGGUGCGAGCGAACGGGAACAGCAAGGGCAGUAGCCUGGGUGAACUACUGUCUGACCCAGCCAACACUCGCGCCCUCGUCGUCACCCUGGGCCUCAUGGCGUUCCAACAGCUCAGCGCCGUCAACGCAGUAAUCUUCUACUCUCAGCCCAUCUUUGAGGCUGUUGGCAGCUCUAUUGACCCAACUGUCUCCACCAUCGUGAUCGGAGGGGUUCAGGUUCUAGCGACAUAUACAUCCACUGUGCUGAUAGAGCGAGCCGGACGUCGUGGUCUGCUGCUACUCUCCUCAGCUACCAUGAGCCUCUGUCUGGGUCUAGUAGGGAUGCACUUCCUUCUCCAUGACCAGAACGUAUACCUGCCGGCAGCCCUCCCUCUCGCCUUCCUAGCCGUCUUCAUCUUCGUAUUCUCCCUCGGUUUCGGUCCAGUGCCCUGGCUCCUCACUGGAGAGCUGUUCCCCGACAGCCUCAAGGGAUUGGCUGGUUCGUUUGCCGCCAGUGCUAGCUGGUUGUUGGCAUUCAACGUUACAUUCUUCUUCAACGUUCUCAAGAGUGACAUCGGCUACGGCUCCACGUUUUGUAUUUUUUCGGGCUUUUGCGUGAUGGCGACUGUUUUCGUUGGACUAUUUCUACCAGAAACUAAAGGUUACAGUUUGGAAGCCAUUCAACAUAGCCUCAGAGGCGAAAAGAUACUGGACCAAGACAAGCUUCCGAGCACGGACACUCUGUCACGAUUGUUGUAAAUGUGUUGUCUGACAUUCUCCUUCCCCAUGAACACAGGGUUAUAAUUGUACAAAUUGUUUAUUUGUGUAUUGUACUUAAAUCGAUAUUUAUGUGUUAAAUUAAAGUAUGUGCUGUUCAACUUG